AUGAUUCGACCUGACUGUAAUAACGAUUUUUGGAAGGAACGCUUCAUAAGUGGUCUCCCUUCCCUCUUUGCAGAAAAGGUCCGAACAAAAAUCAAGGACAGAUUCGAGGGAAAAAUCCCUUAUGACAUCCUAACAUAUGGUGACUUGAUCAGUUUUAUCACUACCGUAGGAAUAGAUCUAUGCACCGAUAUCAAGCUUAAGAAACAACUUAAGAACGAUAGUACUUCUAAGUAUGGAUUGGGAACCUUUUGCCAAGACUAUGGUUUCUCCAGCCCCAGCAAAAAACACAAGAAAAGGAUUACCAAACCUCGCACAAAGACUACUUCCAGUAAGAAACCUUUCAGACGAGACUCUUAUAAACCCAGUAGAAAAUCUACUAAGCGGAAAACCGCUAAGGUUAAAGAUGCUUGCUGGACUUGUGGCAAAACCGGCCACCGAGCAAAGGAUUGCAAGUCCACAAAGAAGAAGAAGAUAAACCAGCUAGAUCUCUCUGAAGAGACCAGAGCUAAUUUAUUUUCUAUAAUGGAAGACUCGCCCGAAUCUUCUGAAUCUUCCUGCACCUCUUCAAGCGAAGACUACAGCGAUGAAGAAUUCAUCAAUGCUGCUUAUGAGUCUGAUCAAUCCCAGUCUGGUCAAGAUU